AUGGAUUAAGAAUUCCCUUAAAAUAAUUUAUAACACGAGUGGAAUUUUGAAUUAUCACAAGCAGAGGAGCAUACUCUGUUAUCUAAUCAAGACCAUUACUUUUUUGAUAUGAACUUUAUGAUUUUACCAGAUAUUUUGGAUAAGAUCACAAUUGAAUUGAACAUCAAUCUUUAAGUGAUAUCUUCAUAAUAGUAUCAAAAGGAAAGAUAAAAACUACUAUUUACAAUGCUUAAAUAUUAGAUUGGUUUGGAUAUUCUGAUAAAAUUGGUUUAUAGGCGGGAUUAAUCACCUUUAAAUGGUUAUUACUACUUGAAGACGCUUGACGAUAUGGCUUAUGUGAUAUAUAAUUUGCAGAAUGAAUUAUUGAAUUUGAUGAUUGAGCAGAACAUAUGUUUAUUAUAAAUAUCAAAUCGCAUAGUGAAACUCUUUAACUCUGUAUUAAGUAUGAAAUACAUUUGAAAAUAGAUCGAAAAAAAAAGGAGGUCAAGUAGUUGUCUCCUUCUAACAUAGUAUAAAAAGACCUUGAAAUAUUAAAAUAGAAAUUUAGCAGAAUAAAUGACAUAAAUUGUGUUUUGAGACACAAUGGAUUUUAUAUACAUAAUUGGAGAAUGAUUUAUGACUUUUUGAAUGCACCUUAAUAUAAGUUAUUGAAGAAGGUGAUUCUUUAUAGGACAGAAGUACAAUAGAUGUUAUAAGAAGAGUCUGAAAAACAACUAUUAAGAUUGAUGUCUAUGUUAACAAUUUAUUAAUAAGAAUUAAUCAUAACAUACAUUUAAUCUACUUAAUUAAGCUAAGAAUAAUAAUAAUAAGAGAUGCAAGAAACAGAAAUCGUAAGAGGGAAAUAUGCUCAACUUUAUAAGGCACUAUUCCUAAUGGACACAGAUAAAGAACAAUAAUUGCCUAAUAUUUUCAAACUCAUGAUGUUAUACUAUUUUGAAAUUGAGAAUUGGAAAUUAUUAGUAAUAGAAGAAUUGAUGGAAUCGCAUAAGGAAUAAGAUGCUUAUGAGUUAUUAUUAGCCAGUAAAAUAAAUUGGAAUUCCUUAAGUAACAGCGACAUUAUAAUUAAAUUAUUGAUUGCAUCUAAACGAUCUUUGUAAGCUUAUGUUUAUGUCACAGAAUUGAAAGAAGAGUAAGCUUUAAAAUAUUUCAUCAAGCAAAUGAUAAAUUAAAAUGAUAUUUUGAAUUUAUUACAGGUAGAAUUUACACCUGAAUAAGACAAUGUAGUUAAUGAAAUCGUUAAGAAUUUGGCAGAAAAGGAAGUUUUAAUAGAAUUUGUGAAGAAAUUAUUAAUUGCAAAAAAGUAUUUUCAUGCUAUAGAAUUUUAUAAAAAAUUAAAUUAGACCCACUUCCAACUUGGUUUGGAAAGAAUUGAAGAAGUAAAAUACAUUCACUAAUUUUUAUAGUUAAUUAAGAAAUAUAUUGCUUAACUUCCUGAAAUUGAGGAGAAUUACUAUCUGGCAAAGAUGUAAGGAAAAUAAUUGACAGAAGAUGAAUUAUUGAUUGAAGCCAUUUUAGAUAAUCAAGAGAAAACAAAUGACCAACAGCAAUAUUAAUAACCAAGAACUAUAUAAUAUUUUGUAGAAUAACCAAUUGUGGAUUAUGAGAGGGUAAUUAAUUGUUGUGGAUGGAUCAGAGAAAGCCAUUUAGGUAUAAUAUUUUGA